AUGACGCCGUUCACUCAGCUGCUAAGUCAGACUCCCCGUCCACGCAUCAACGAGCUCUGUGCGCUUUGGGGCCUAUCCGCGUCCGGCAAUCUGAACGACUGUCGGUCUCGCCUGAAGGCGUAUAUGGACGACAACAUGGAUCUCACCGAAGACGACACCUUUGCGGGCCUCUUCACACAACAACAGCGGAACGAAUAUGCAGCGAACCCCUAUCCACCUGCAUGGGAAGGCAUUCAGCAGACCGAUCGCGCUGACUCGCCCCCUACCGCCGAUCAGGACGUUCGAGGCUCGUCCGCGACGCCCGGCAAUGAUCACGCCAUCCGAGGCUCGCCCCCCCUGUCUGGCGACUACGAUCGCGCUGGCGGACUGGGCCCCGUUGAUUCGGCGGCAGGCCGCGAAGCUGGCACAGCACAGCGUCAACUUCUUCAGUCCCUGCCCGUGGAAGCGCUGGACAGAUUGCUGGAUUCUUUUUUCAGCGGUCGGAUGAAUGACACUGCAGUUCCGCCGACCACCGUAGUGCCACGCCACAAUCCAGUUGCUGUUUCCGGAGUGCGACGUCGGCCUGAUCGCAUCCAGGGAUCGGUUUCCACCGACGCAGGCAUUCAGAUCAUCGAGCCCAUCCUCAACCGGUUCUUGGGGACUGGGAACAUCUGGGCGCAUCAUAUCCCGUUGCACCUACUCACCGAUGCCUUCUGCCGCCGAUACGGCGUUGGGGCAACCACAAAGGAUUUCGAUGACAAUCGCACGCUUGAUAAAGCAUCAAACACGGUGCUGACAAUCCCGAAAGACAUCCCCUUCGAGCCCGAACUACGCUUAUCCCUCGCCGAAUGGACUCAGGCAUGGAAACGCUUGAUGUACCUCAUCGAGCGUUACGUUCCCCAGGAGCUCAACCUAUGGCAGCAGCACUACUUCAAGAUUAUGCACUAUCACAACCGCGAGCGGGUGUGGCCAAUGCUCCUUGCAUAUGACUCCCGCGUGAGACGCGCAUCCAUCGUCGAGGCUCUGGACCCCUCUGUAUGGCAGACGAACAUCUGGGAAGACGUGAAGAUUGAAUUCGACGCCGAGAGGUUGGAUUUGGACGGAGUCAAGUCUUUCAGCGAUUCGCUUGCCCAAGGACCGUCCUCGUCUCGCUUUCCGGAAAGAAAGUCCUUUCGAGAGGGCAGCGAACACUCCUUUCGCGACCAGGUCACCCGGCGCUUCGAAGUAUAUGAGAAGCGCGACAGCAUGCAUCAACCCGCUUCCCGCUCAAAGGCCAGAUGCUUCGCUUGUGGUAGCCAGGACCACUCUUCACGAAGCUGUUCUGCCGGAUCUCUUAUCAACGGCAAGCCCCUGGUCAUCUGGUCGGACAAGCCCGGAGAGCCGCGGAAGGACCGACGCGGCAACCAAUUCUGCUAUGGCUUCAACGGCAAGAUUGGGUGGGACCGUGCGCUGAUGGAUCCCGGCGUACACGAUACAUUCCGUGAUGUACCUAUAGGUCUUCGGGAUGGUUUUAAUAUGGGCAUCACUUCCUCUAUCUCCAGAACGUACACACCCAAAAAUCACUAUUCUGCGGUCGCACAAGCCAACACCGUUACAAAAUACAUUCAGAACGAGCUUUCUAACCGACAUUACACCGGGCCUUUCUCAGCGACUCGACUGGAAGCCCUCAUUGGUCCUUUCAGAUCAUCCCCUCUGGGCACCGUGCCCAAGUCUGGCGCACCAGGGGAGUUUCGAAUCGUGCAGGAUUUCUCGUUUCCACGCAACGAUCCCUCACGCAUGUCCGUCAAUUCGGAGAUUAAUAUCGAUGACUUCCCAUGCGAAUGGGGCUCGUUCUCGGAUAUUGUCAUCCUCGUGAUCGAAGCUCCCCCUGGAACCGAGGCGGCAACUCUGGAUGUUGACGCCGCCUAUCGGCGUUGUCCCAUUCACCCGACGCAGCAACCACACUUUGUUGUUGAGUGGAAUGGGGUCUUCUACAUCGACCACGUGUGUCCAUUUGGAUUCACGAGCUCCGGGGGCAUUUUUGGCCGAGUUGCAGAUGCGAUGGCAGCAAUUUACCGCGCAAAAGGGAUUGGCCCACUCAAGAAGUGGGUUGAUGAUUUUGUUUUCUUUCGUUUUCCUUUGCAUGGCAGCCCGUCACCAAACCCAUAUAGCCUCUCGGAUAUUUAUGACGUGGCAAAAGACCUGGGUUGGCCUUGGAAGCAAUCCAAGACACGCGACUUCGCCUCGGAGUUCAUAUAUUUGGGCUUCCAUUGGAACAUCACCGACAAAUCGGUAUCUAUUCCAGACGGGAAGAAGUCAAAAUACAUCGCUAGACUGUUGUUGUGGACCCCCGAUGCAUCGUUCACUGUCAAGGAAGCCGAAUCACUGCUCGGAACACUGGUCCAUUGCUCUUUGGCACUGCCUGAAGGAAAGUCACGACUACCUGCAAUAUCGAAAUUUGCGGCAUCCUUCGCUCACACUCGAUCACCCUUCUCACGCCGAAAGCCAAACGCGACGGUCUUGGAUGACGUAUCCUGGGGUUCUUGGCGCCUUGUCAAGCGGAAAAUCUCGGAGUAUGGAACAGAACCGGGUGCUGCGCAGAAUCGUAGCUUUAUUACGGACGUCCUCGAUUUGGAUCUCGUGCACCCCCUGUGUGACUUAGCAGUAUUCACUCUUGCUUCUUUCUGCACUGGGGGGACGAUGCCAAUGCACGAGACUGGAAACAAUGGCAACAAUGGCAGCGACACAAGGCCAAGGAUCUUCCAGCAGUUUUACAAUCACAGCCCCUUGCCAGCAAACGCAGCUUCCCUGGGCCUAUCUCAGCGCACAAUGGAGAUGAUAUCGACCACAUUGCAAUCUGGAUGGGCCGGAAAUACUCUCAGCAAUAUGGGUGGGAUAGUGGACUCCUUCCUGCGCUACUGUGACAGCGAAGGCGUACCGACUCAAUUCAGGCUGCCAGCAGACGAGAUGAUACUCUGCGCUUAUGUUGCGUCAAACGCCGGAAAAUUGGCCGGAACAACAAUCAGAAAUCACAUCUCUGCGCUGAAAGCGUGGCACGUUGCGCAGGGAGCCGAUUGGAACGGAAAGGCACGGCUGCAUUACGUUCUGGCUGGCGCAGAGCGGAUGGAACCCGAUUCGGCCAAGAAACCCCCGAGACCUCCGAUCAAUCGUGAUAUGUUAUCCCGCCUGCAUGAGGGCCUGGACUUCUCGGACCCACGCGAUGUUGCAGUGUACGCUACCGCGUGUACUGCGUUCUGGGGCCAAUGCCGUCUCGGCGAAAUUUUACCGCUUUCGACGAGCUCAAAGGCGUCAGCAUUCACCCCUAAACGAUUGCAUUUCGUCCCAAGGUCCGGUGCCUCACGUACGAGCCAUUUCAGAAUACCCCGAACGAAAACGAGUAUCCAAGGCGAUACAAUUCACCUGCCACGUCAGUCUGCGCCACUGGACCCUGUCACCGCAAGAGAAAUGCAUUUUAUUGCAAGCCGACUGGACUCCAACGCCCUGCUCUUCAAUUUCUCAAAAGGGGGAAAGGAUGCGACACUGACAAAGUCUGCAUUCCUCAAACGAUGCAAUGAAAUAUGGUCGGCAAACGGCUAUCCGCGGACAACCGGUCACAGCUUCAGGAUUGGCGGCACUACGGAAUUGCUUUUAGCCGGAAUCCACCCCGAUGUUGUCCGCACAAUGGGCCGAUGGUCGUCUGACUCCUUCCUACGUUAUUGGAGAUCCCUGGAAAAUCUAAUACCAAAACACGCCGAAUUUUUAUCUUAA